AUGACUUGCACAUAUCCUGUAGACAUACAUGAAGCAACAAUGAAUGCAGUAUUUUAUGCUUAUGGUUUAGGUAAAGUAUCAACUGACGAGGAUGGAUAUAUUAAAAAUGUGGGUGCUGUAAGACUAAUUUAUUUAUUAAAUUAUCAAGAUGAAGACAAAAAAAUUUUAAACUUAAAAUGGGAAGAGAAAUUUAUUGAUACUGUUUCUCAAAUUAAAUGUGAUCAUUUGAAUAUUUAUUUUUUUGCAUCGAGUUCACUUGAUGUGGAAGUAAAUAAAAUAACAGAAUUGGUUCUUCCUCUUUUACCUGUAACAAUAGCUAUUAUGGUGAUAUUUUCUGUAGUAACUUGUAUGACUACUGACUGGGUUACAAGCAAACCUUGGAUAGGAAUUGCUGGAUGUAUAAAUCCGUUAUUAGGUGUCAUUGGAGCAUUCGGCCUUCUAUUAUGGACGGGUAUGGAAUUUAUUGAUAUCAAUGUCUCCAUACCAUUUAUUCUCUUAGGUGUUGGACUGGAUAAUUCUUUUGUUCUUUUGGCUGCUUGGAGAAGAACAGAUCCUAAGAUGAGUGUAACGGAAAGAAUGAGCAUCACUUAUUCAGAAGCAGCAGUAUCGAUAACAAUCACUUCACUUACAAAUUUUCUGUCCUUUUGUAUUGGAAUGACUACUAGUUACAAAAUAAUCCAAAUUUACUCCGUUUAUAUUUCGUUGGCAAUAAUUUUUUGCUAUUUUUGUGAAAUUACCUUUUUCGGAGGCAUAUUAGCAAUUAGCGGAUACAGAGAAAGUAAAUGUCUUCAUUCUGUAUUCUGUAUUCCAGUGAAAAGAGGAAAAUUACCAGGUAAAUAUUUAAAUUUUUAA